AUGACGCGAGUACUGAUACUGUUCCUUGUAGCUGGAGUGUGCUAUGGAGCCGCUCCGGGCAUCGUUCGUCCGUGCCACUUCAACAACCUGAAGUGUAUCGCGGACAAUCUGCAGGCGAACUCUCUCUGCGACCGCAACGUGCCCGGCUUGCCAUCCGAGUACGUUAUCCCGCGCUUCGAGUUCCACACCCCCUUCUUCAACUCCACCUACGUCGAGAAGGACCUGCACAUACGCAACCACGACAAGUGCAGGAUCUCGGAGUUCUUCUUCAAUGUGAAAUCAGAUACGGCAGUCCUGGCCAUAGACUGCCCGCAGCUGGGCUUCAAAUCGAACAGAACCCUGAUUCAGCAUCGUUCGCUACAGGAGGAUACCUCGUACAGCUACAACAUCGACGGAAUUUACCCCCUGAUCCGCAUCACCGUGAGCAUCCGUAACGCGGACCAGCUGGACGUGUGCUCCUCCACCGCCUUCGCCGAGGUCACAGCCCUGCCCACCUUCAACAUCAACCCUAACGAUAUGAAAACGGCAAACUUUCUAACACGAGACCUCACCCUGCUGAAUAUCUACGAGAUCGAAACCUUCUUCUGGCGAGCGAACCAACUCGCUAGAUACUAUAUCAAUUUAGUUCUUUGUGAUUUUGGUUGUAAUUAUUGAAAGA